GAGAAACAAAAAGGAAAAUAAACAAAUGGGACUACAUUAAACUAAAAAAGUUUUCCACAGCAAAGGAAACCAUCAACAAAAUGAAAAGACAACCCACUAAAUGGGAGAACAUAUUCGUCAGUACAUCUGAUUAAAGAUACUGACAAUGUGAAGCCAUUGGAGGGUAUAAAAGUUCUGGAUCUAACAAGAGUAUUGGCAGGACCUUUUGCUACGAUGAAUUUAGGAGAUCUUGGAGCAGAAGUUAUAAAAGUGGAAAGACCAGGAGCUGGUGAUGAUACACGAACUUGGGGACCACCUUUUGUGGGGACAGAAAGUACUUAUUUUCUCAGUGUAAAUCGAAAUAAAAAAAGUAUAGCUGUUAAUAUCAAGGAUCCAAAAGGGGUGAAAAUCAUCAAAGAGCUUGCAGCUGUGUGUGAUGUAUUUGUGGAAAACUAUGUCCCUGGCAAACUAUCUGCAAUGGGCCUGGGGUACGAAGAGAUAGACAGAGUCGCUCCUCACAUCGUCUAUUGCUCCAUCACAGGGUACGGCCAGACAGGUCCACUGUCUCAGCGGGCUGGUUAUGAUGCUGUGGCCUCCGCUGUCUCUGGUCUGAUGCACAUCACAGGGCCUGAGGACGGAGAUCCAGUUCGUCCAGGAGUGGCCAUGACUGAUCUUGCCACUGGCCUGUAUGCAUAUGGAGCCAUUAUGGCUGGAUUGAUACAAAGAUCUAAAACUGGAAAAGGACUGUUCAUUGAUUGUAACCUACUGUCAUCUCAGGUGGCAUGUUUAACCCAGGUAGCUGCUAAUUAUCUUAUUGGCCAAAAAGAAGCAAAACGUUGGGGCACAGCUCAUGGCAGUAUUGUUCCCUACCAGGCUUUUAAAACCAAGGAUGGCUAUCUUGUAGUUGGAGCAGGAAAUAACCAACAGUUUGCUACCGUGUGCAAGAUCUUGAAUUUGCCUGAACUGAUUGAUGACUGCAAGUAUAAAACUAAUCACCUUCGGGUACAGAAUAGAAAAGAGCUUAUUAAAAUAUUAUCUGCACGGUUUGAAGAAGAAACGACCAGCAAGUGGUUACACCUCUUUGAAGGCAGUAAAGUCCCCUAUGGCCCAAUAAACAAUAUGAAGAAUCUAUUUGCAGAACCUCAGGUGUUACACAAUGGCCUCAUCAUGGAAAUGAAACAUCCAACUGUGGGGAAGAUAUCAGUCCCAGGCCCAGCUGUGAGAUACAGUAAGUUCAAGAUGUCAGAGGCCAGGCCACCUCCCCUGCUUGGGCAGCACACGAAGCACAUCCUGAAAGAGGCCCUCAGAUACGAUGACAGGACCAUCGCCGAGCUGCUCAGGACUGGAGUCGUGAACCAACAUGAAGCCGAAUGACAGAGGAAAAAUGCUCUUUCUUAAAAACAGAGUCUGACUGCACUUUACUAGCAAAGGCAAUACUCUUUCUGAACCCUACUUCCCAAUUCUGGUGCUUGGCACUACAAAGAAGAAUAAAUUCCAGAUUUCCUGCCUA